AUCUAGUUUUCAUCCACGUGAUACACUACAAAAGACACGACUUGGGCUUAUUGUUCUUGAAGGAUGGAGGAUUCACCCAAAUUUCAGUUGGAGAGGUGUGACCAGCAUGUAGCUCCAGCAACCUUGGCUCUGGGGCCCUCUCAACUCGCAAUUCAAGCACCUCCAAUGCAAAAGAAGGGACUUGAAGAUAUGGUUCAGCAGCUGAGUGUGACACUUCAACAAUUCAUGCAAGGUCAAGCAGCACUCAACAACCAGAAUUCAUUGGCAAUUAAUGACAUAAGGAGUUCCCUCACAAGGCUGACUACAUCUUUAAGUACCCAAGAGAAGGGUAAAUUUCCUACACAGUCACAACCAAAUCCGCAAGGGCAGCCUCAUCGAUUGCAAGCAAUAAGUGAGGAUCCUAACUUAAAGUCGGCCAAAGCGGUGACUACUUUAAGAAGCGGUAAGGUGGUAGAUAUUCCAGCACAUGAGCCAUACAAUUCUGGUAAGGUUUCUAACCCUUCUAAUAAAGAUGGAGAGCAUGUGUCUGAUGAGCAUGAGAAAAUUGAUUGUCCUAUACUUGCUCCUUUUCCUCAACGAUUAGUUCCGUUGCAUAAAGAUAAGCAUCUUGUUGAAAUUCUUGAGGUUUUUAGGCAAGUUAGGAUUAACAUCCCUUUGUUAGAUGCUAUUCAGCAAAUUCCUGCCUAUGCAAAAUUUUUAAAGGAAUUAUGCACUGUGAAAAGAAAAUUAAAUGUGCAUAAGAAAGCUUUUCUUACUGAGCAGGUUAAUGCUAUCAUUCAAAGUAAUACACCACCUAAAUACAAGGACCCUGGAGCACCUACAAUUCCUUGUGUGAUAGGAAAUUAAAAAAUUGGUCAUGCUUUGUUGGAUCUUGGUUCAAGUGUCAAUUUAUUACCUUACACGGUGUAUGAACAACUUGGUUUAGGUGAACUGAAAUCCACACCUAUCAUUUUGCAACUUGCUGAUAGAUCUAUAAAAAUGCCUAGGGGUAUAGUUGAGGAUGUUUUGGUUCAAGUUGAUAAAUUUUACUAUCCUGUGGAUUUUGUGGUGCUUGAUAUGAACUUGUCGAUUCCAUCUACUUUUCAAACUCCUGUGAUUCUUGGUAGACCAUUUCUUGCUACAUCUAAUGCAUUAAUUAAUUGUAGAAGUGAAAUUUUGAAAUUGAGUUUUGGAAACAUGACAUUGGAGCUGAAUAUCUUUAAUACUUGCAGGCAACCUCAGGAUUUAGAAGAAGUCAAGGAAGUUAAUUUGUUGGAAAAUAUCCUUGAUGAGGACUUUCAAUUGAAUCUUCCUUCCACUAAUUUACAAUUGUCAUUAGAUAGUGCUCUAAUAGAUGUAAAUAUACUUGAUGAUACUUCUAAGGUUUCUUUUGCAGGAACUGGGCAUGGGGUGCUUUGCCAACAAAUGUUUGAUGAGUUGCGACCUUGGGUAGCACCCAUAAAGCCAUCUUCAGAUGACAAACACCAUCUCAUUGGAGCAUUCGAGACAUUCGAAAGUUCUAAUCUAAGGUUAAAUUAUUUUUUUUAUGAUGACCUUUACUUGUUUAAAUAUUGUUCUGAUCAAAUUUUUCAAAGAUGUAUACCCAACAAACACCUCCAAAGUAAGAUUUUUGAUCCUGGUAAGUUAAGAUCUCGGUGGAGUGGGUUUUAUUUGGUUAAAACAAUUUUCCCUCAUGGUGCUUUUGAGGUUGUCAAUCCUCAAAAUGGAAAUGCUUUUAAGGUUAAUAGUCAAAGGCUCAAGCCUUUUAUUUCUAAUUUUGCACCUGAAGAACCUACUUGGCAUUUGCUUGAUCCUAAUUGAUGGUUCUUGAUCCAUCCAUUUCUUUUCAUUGUUUUCUUUUGUUCUUCAGUUUUUAUUUUUACUUUGGCUGCAUUCCUUGCAAAGCUUCCCAGGUAAUUCCUCUUCCUUUUGCCUUCAAUUUUUUUUUUCCUAUUUGUUUUUUCUUAUAACUGUUUUGCUCCUUCACUGCUCUCUUUGUGUAAAUUCUUUCGUUUCUCUUGCAUCAUUGAGGACAAUGCUACAAUCUAGUUGUGGGGUGGAAGAGAAAUUAUUUUUCUGUUUGCAUGCCUUAGACAUAUUUUGGUCCACCUUGGGGGAGUGAUGGUAAUGAGUUGAAAGCAGAUUAAAUUCCUUAUUCUUGAAUUUACAUGCUAGAAAGUGAACUGAAAAAAUGAUUUGUUGAGAUCAUAGAACAUGUAGAAUGUAAUGCAAAUAUGAGUAUAUGUCAAAAGAGGGACUUAUCCAUUUUAUUUAGUUGUUAAACCAAGGGAAAAAUGUUAAAAGUUUUGCUAAAACACACACAACACAUGCCCAGAAUGCCUAGAGAGACUACAUUGGGUUAUUGUUUGUUGAUCUACACUUCGGUUGUUUAGGACUCUAAUGAACCAUAUCCUAAUUGCUUAAGAAGAAAUCUGGAAUGAAUUAAAUGAGAAAAGGGACAAGCCAGGGAUCAAAGAAAAAAAAAAAAUCUCUUUUGGUAGACUAGUGGUAAGGGCUGACUUGUGAAAGUGUGGGUAGGUGCACAUUCAUUUAAUUGACUCCCCCACUAGGAUAACCAAAAUAAAAAUAAUAAUUAAAAAAAAAAGAGAGAGAGAUUUACAUUUGUGUAUUGGAAAAUGCUGCCUAUUACUGGGGUCCUUACUAAAUAAGAAAGUAGACACCUUUUAAAGUGUAAUAGCAUGAAAGCCGUAACUACAAUGGUUUUGACUAGAGUAAGACCUAUGGUUAUCUCAUAUUAGCUGCUGUGAUUGAAAUUGUUAAUGCCUCUUGGUAGUCGAUCUUGGAACUCUAACAUCAUUCCCAUGCAUUUGAAGAAGUAAGCUUUGUUACAUGUAAUUCCAUUGGUUGAUUAACUAAAUGGUGUAUAAAUCUUUCAGUUGAUACAAAAUUUAGAUUAAUCUAUCUUUAGUAUUUUUAAACUCAACAAGUCUAUUUCAUGGCAUGUGCUUCUUGGAUUUUCUUUUGAAAUUGUAGUUGGUAAUUUCACCUUUGCAUGAAUUCAUUCGCAUUAUUUGCUAGAAACUAGCAAUAAGCUAGUUGGCGGGUGUGAUGAAGUGCUAAAACUAUAUGAUUAAGUUACUUAAGUGAAUAAAUUGUUUAACCAAAAAUGAUUUAAGUACUUAAUUAUAUGGUAAAUUCUAAUACUUGAAUCAAUUGAUAAAUUCUAGUAUUUUUGUAUUUAAAAAGAUUUAUAAUGUAAUUGUUUCACAUGAAAAUAAAUAUUUCAAUUUUAUUCCUCUCAUAACAGGGGUAGUUUGGGCAAUACACAGCAAAGACAUCAUCCAAAAGAUGAAAAGUGUGAAUUCACACACACAGACCAGGCCAAAAAGCAGCAAAGCACUCACUCAACACAGCUGGCAGAAGGCCUCACAAUAGUUCACGCACAGCAGAUUGUGGCCUCACAGGAUAGCAUCACGCAUAGACAGACAGGCGCAACAGAGUAGAGAGUAGAGUUUUGUUUUUUUUAGAGGAUAUUUUCUUUCGUUCAGACCGCUGGGCGGCAGAUUUUAUUUUUUUCUUCUUGUUGUUUCAUUUUCGUUCACCGAUAGCAGAAUCCUUAGUUUUAUUUCUUACUUUUCGUUCUGACGGGGGCGACUUGUUAUAUCUUUUUUUUCACUUUUUGUUUUCAUUGGGGUAGCAGAAUCCAGAGUUUUAUUUUUUUAUUUUUUUUUCAUACAGACGGAGAAGAGGGGGAACUCUCUCUCUUGGUUGGGACUUUUUUUUUUUUUUUCCAUUUCUUUUAGUUUUCAUUUAGUCGGUCAGUUGGAAUUUGUUGCUUUUACGUUUUCCAUUUUCGCUGAAGGAACCUGAGUGAAGUUGGCCAGAUUAAUUUAUCUUUUUCAGUGGUUUUCUUUCCA